AUGAUGACGUGCAUUCCACAUCGAUAUGAUAAGACGAUGUCCUGCCCAUUCGACCCUAGUGGCCCCGGGGUAUCCAAGCAGAUGAUGUUGGAUUGGAUGCAUAUCCAUCAUCCAAAGACUCCGAUACGGCCGAGGAUUGACCCAGUUAGCUUGGCUCAGCUGGUUCGAUCAGUCCAGCCCAACCAUUUCCCUGACUCGGCCAGUGACGUGCCUGCUCAUGCAACCGGAAGCACUUCGAACAUCGACGCAUCCAUCUCGACCAAAGAUCAGCCUGCUCCCACAACCAUCGAGAUCAACAGUCCAACGGCUACAUCACAAUAUCCUAAACUUGAAUCACUUCGGAACAUUCAAGAUUUGAAAAGUUUCAAACCACCGACUCCACCAUUUUUCAAAUUAAACACAGUUGGACGCCAGGGAAAACGAGUUGCGUCCUCCGAGGUCAAACCCAGCCCAAACGGUACUGAACUGAGUACAAGUUCGGACGUGCGUGGUCCAAGUUCGAAGAUCUCCAAGAAGAAAAAAGCGAGUGAAGUUCUUAUCUUUCAAUCUAGUCUAUAUCCUACAACUUCAACUGAGGCUGCAAUUCACCAGAUCCAUCCAUCCUCACCCGGUCACUCGAUUCCAAAUACAGCUCUCACUUUUGCUGACGAUGAGAAGGAUCUCAAAGACCUGCACAACACUCUAUCCUUGCCAGCCUUGCCUUUACAAAGAACUAUUUCCAAACUGAACGUUCCCAAACGUAAUGCGAUAAAGAAACCGCCCGCCUCUGAUCACAUUCAACACCGUACUGUUUCUCAAAAGCCGCCAGAUUCGGAAAGUACUGGAAUCGAAGAUCUUAUAGAUUUCUCAGAUACUCAUUGCAUGGAUGUCGGAAAUAUAGUUCUAGGCAAGGAUAUUCCCUCGAUCUCUCCAACCACUGUGAAUGGAAAGAAGCGAUCUGGCGUUGAUGUGUUUAAGGAGGAAAGAGGACGUGAAGAGCGUAUCUGUCGACUUGAAAGCUCAAUCACUCAGAUCCUUCAAGAUGUUGGUCAAUUGAGCGCCGAUGUCUUACACGCCAAAAUGCAACUUGAAGAUCAGGCACAAAAGAUCCAAAUGCUCGAAACAGAUAAUCAAAGCCUCAAAAGAACAGCCCAACUUACGAAUACACUCAAGCCAAAAGUCACUCAGUUGGAAUCUCAAGUGGACACCAUGCGCCGCCAGGUAGACAUAGAUCACGAAGAGAUUGCAACACACAGUCAGAUCCUUGAGAAAUUGAUGGCUUCAGACGAUGAUGAUGAUGAGAGUUGUGAUUAG